UGUGAUAACGCGGUGAGCCACGAGAUAAUAAAUACAUUUUGGGCCUGCACGAACAACCUUGAAGUCGAAUUUGUACAAUUCUAAUUGGGGAAAGAGCUAUCAUCUUAAAACGACAGAAUGGCCAAUGAGAAUCGCUACAUCGAUACCCUUGAAAGUAAGGAUUUGAAUAGCUUCGGCCAAGCUAUGGUUACUGCAUCGAACACGUUGUCCAGUGUUAAGAAUAAGGAAAUAUUGGAGAAAAUGCUGAAUCACAUCGUUGCUAGUGAAUUUUCCUCUGAGUUAAUUACUGCUGCUGAGAAUAUUUUAGAGCGAAUGAACAAAGAGACCGGAGAAAGAUUUAGGGAAGAACUACAAGACGACGUCUUGAGAUUAACGGAAACCGGUGACUAUCGUAAACUAAAGGAUCUAGUUUUAAAACGCAUUGAUAACCGUAAUCGUUGAAUAAACUAGGUAUGGAAUAUGUUUGAUCGCAUAUUUUCCGUGCUAUGAAAAAGAAUAA